AUGUAUGGCAUUGUGAAAGGUGAAGCAGACCUGGAGACUUACACUGUAAGGUACAAAGGCUUCAUUAAAGACUGCCCCAGUGGGCAGCUGGACGCAGCAGGCUUCCAGAAGAUCUACAAGCAGUUCUUCCCAUUUGGAGACCCCACCAAGUUUGCCACAUUUGUUUUCAAUGUCUUUGAUGAAAACAAGGAUGGGCGGAUCGAGUUCUCUGAGUUCAUCCAGGCAUUGUCAGUGACCUCACGAGGAACCCUGGAUGAGAAGCUGCGGUGGGCCUUCAAGCUCUAUGACUUGGACAACGACGGCUAUAUCACCAGGAACGAGAUGCUGGAUAUUGUGGACGCCAUUUACCAGAUGGUGGGGAAUACUGUGGAGCUCCCGGAGGAGGAGAACACUCCAGAGAAGAGAGUAGACCGGAUCUUCGCCAUGAUGGACAAGAACGCCGAUGGGAAGCUGACACUGCAGGAGUUCCAGGAGGGGUCCAAGGCGGACCCAUCCAUCGUGCAGGCGCUGUCCCUCUAUGAUGGGCUGGUAUAG